AUGAUCACAGUAAAGCAGGAAAUUGAGGAGACCGAUUUAUCGCCAGUAGACCCUUUGGAGAAUCAUGAGCCGUACAAGCUUUGCAACGGAAACAGCACAACAGCGCUUUCGGACUGCGUUAAGAUUCCACAACGAAAUAUAGAAGCAGAACCAUCGCAGAUAGUUGAACCUGAUCGGGACUUGCCCAUUCUGUUACCGUUCACUGAUGCUGACAUUUCUGAGGCGGAAUUGCAGAGAUUCAAGAGCGAGACAGCGCAUAUCUCUAUUGAGACGUCGCUGGAGAUGCUGGCGUUCUACGAGUUUGACGUUGAUAAAGUCAUCAAAUUAUGUCGAACGCGUAAUCACGCAAAACUAUUUCUUCGAGAAUCGGACAGAAAAUAUCGCCUUGCUUGCGUCGAACACGUCGUGUUCAUGAAUAAUCUUAGAAACGAGGCGACAACAUCCGCAGCAGUGGAGAAAAAAGUAGAGAUACCAAUUAAAGCAAUGCGCCAAGAAGAUCAAUCUUUCGCGCCAAGACGAUCAAUGCGAAUCAAAAAAGAAGUCAUAGAGGUCGAAGAGAAGCCAAAAGUACCGAAGAGAUCAGAAAGAAUUCAGAAAAAGGCAGCGCUAAAGAAAGAGCUCGCGGAGAGGAAGGCAGCAGAAGCCAAACAAAUAGCUGAUGACAAAAAGAAAAUUGUUGCAAAUAAAAGAAAAACUGCAGAAGUUAAUCAGAAACAAGUCGCUGAAGGCAAAAUGAAGAAUGCCGACAAGAAGAAGAGUCUGACAAAAUCUCCUGCAAAGAAAAAGUCCGAGGACAGAACGAAAAAAGUAGAGCAAACUAAAAUCAAACAACACAAUGUGAUCUUGAUACUCACCGAUGAUCAAGAUAUCGAGCUCGGAUCAAUGAACUUCAUGCCGAAGACUUUGAAAAUAAUGAAAGACAAAGGAGUGGAAUUUGUGUCUGGAUAUGUGACAACACCAAUUUGUUGUCCCAGUCGCUCCUCAAUACUAACGGGAUUAUACGUUCACAACCAUCAUGUUCAUACUAAUAAUCAAAACUGUACUGGACCAGAAUGGAAAAAAGUUCAUGAGAAGAAGUCCAUUGGCGUUUACUUACAAGAUGCCGGCUAUCGAACAGCUUAUAUUGGAAAAUACUUAAAUGAAUAUGACGGGUCUUAUAUACCACCUGGAUGGGAUGAAUGGCAUGCAAUUGUAAAAAAUAGUAAAUUUUAUAACUACACAAUGAAUGCGAAUGGUAAAAAACAACGAUUCGGGAACAAUUAUUCGAAGGAUUAUUUCACGGAUUUGGUCACAAAUCGAUCUCUUCAGUUUGUAGAAAACCACAUCAAAACAAAAUCAUGGCAACCGUUUGCGCUCAUCAUCAGUUAUCCAGCGCCACAUGGCCCAGAAGAUCCUGCUCCACAAUAUUCACAUUUAUUUGAAAAUGAGCUCAGUCAUAGAACACUUAGCUGGAAUUUUGCACCAAAUUAUGAUAAACAGUGGCUGCUUCAAAACACUGGAAAAAUGAAGGACAUUCACAUUACAUUCACUGACAUGCUACAUCGUAGGAGAUUGCAGACACUUCAAAGCGUUGAUGAUGGUGUUUCGAAGUUGUUCAAUUUACUUCGCGACCUCAAUCAAUUAUGGAACACAUUCGCGAUUUACACGUCGGAUCAUGGCUAUCAUUUGGGACAGUUUGGAUUAGUCAAAGGAAAGAAUAUGCCUUACGAGUUUGAUAUUCGAGUUCCGUUUUUCAUGAGAGGUCCCGGAAUACCACGAAAUACCUUAAUUCAUGAAAUUGUCUCAAACAUCGAUAUUGCGCCUACUUUGCUGGAUAUAGCAGGUCUGGGUAAGCCAGCGCGAAUGAACGGCAGAAGCUUACUUGAGUUGUUCAUAUUGAAGAAGAAUAACAAAAAAGCGAAAAAGCUGAAGCCAUGGAGAGAUACGAUUUUAAUUGAAAGAGGAAAAAUGCCAAAGCUGAAGAAAAUUCGAGAGCGUUGGAUGAAACAAAAAGUUAAAUACAACAAGGAGAAUCGAAUUUCCAAGGAAUGCAAACGCCGUAAAUGGCAACGCGACUGUGUUGAUGGACAGUUCUGGAAAUGUCAUUUUACCGAUGAAGGCCGCUGGAGAAUCUACAAAUGUCGCGAUAAUUGGAGCUUUAACUGCCCGUGUAGAGUGAAACGAGAUGUACUUGAAGUUCUUGAUGAAAAAGACGAGUUUCUAGAGCACAUUGGUGCCCUUGAAGAGGUUUACAAUAAUACAUCUCUUGACACUAUAAGGGAAAAGCGAGACAUUUAUCAGAGCUGCAAAUGCUUGAAGAACAUGACCCAUCCAAUAAAAUUGUUUGAAAUGAAAAAUCUGAAAAAGCUGGAAUAUUCGAAAGAAAAGAAGACGAUGAAGGUAACCCAGAGUGAAAAAACGCAGAAUUGCUCACAACCUCAAAUGAAUUGCUUUGUGCAUUCAUCGUCCCAUUGGCGAACACCGCCACUAUGGCCAGAAGCUCUUGGAGAAUUCUGUUUUUGUCAGAAUUGCAACAAUAAUACAUAUUGGUGUCUGCGAACCAAAAAUGAGACCCACAAUUUUCUUUACUGCGAGUUUGUCACAGAAUUCAUUAGCUUUUACGAUUUCAACACAGACCCGUACCAGUUGAUCAACCAAGUCUAUUCUUUGGAGAUUGGGAUAUUGGAGCAGCUCAGCGAUCAGUUGAAGCAGCUAAGGAAGUGCAAAAACAAGCAGUGUGAGAUAUGGAGCUCGUCGAGAAUGCCUAAAAAUGCUGGCGUAUUUCCAAAUAAUUCGCCAAUGCAUAUUCCAACAUGA